AUGUCUCGUCGCUGGGCGCGAAAGCUUGAACGCUGCUGCUGCACUUUCGCGACCUACAUACCUCUGCUCUUCGUCUAUGGCUUGACCACUUGGGCCGUCUGGGUAGAUGUCACCAUCGGGUCCCUGCCUUCUAAAGCUUCGUGGCUCGGAUCCGCAUCUUCCGCAGGCGCCCUCCUCCUCUACGGCCUGCUCAACUGGUCCUACACGACCGCCGUCUUCACGAGCCCCGGAAGCACGACAAACGAUAAUGGCUACAGCACGCUACCGACCGAGGCGCCCCCGGCCGCCACCUCCUUCACCGUAAAGUCCAACGGCGAGCUCCGGUUCUGCAAGAAGUGCCAGGCGAGGAAACCGGACCGCGCCCACCACUGCUCGACCUGCCGCCGCUGCGUCCUGAAAAUGGAUCACCACUGCCCGUGGCUGGCGACCUGCAUCGGCCUGAAGAACCACAAGGCCUUUUUGCUCUUCCUCAUCUACACGACGCUCUUCUGCUUCUACAGCUUCUUCGUUUCCGGCAGCUGGGUGUACAUGGAGGUCAUCAACAACACGACGUACGUCGAGACGUUGAUGCCCAUCAACUACGUGAUCCUCAGCGUCAUCGCCGGCAUCAUCGGCAUCGUAGUGGGCGCCUUCACGGGGUGGCACAUCUUGCUCGCGAGCAGGGGCCAGACGACAAUCGAGUGCUUGGAGAAGACGCGGUACCUCUCGCCGCUGAAGAAGCAGAUGAAGCACCAGUUCGUCGCCCAGCACAACGGCGAGGGUAUCCAGCUGCCCGCCUACGGCCAACAACUCCUCGACAUCCACGCAAACGCCCUCCCGGGCAUCACGCGACCCGAAGAAGGCGAAGAAUACCGCGGCGGCGGCGGCGGCGGCGGCGGCGGCUCCUCGAGGCCGAUGGGCGCCACGCAUCAGUCGUACGAAGAGAUGGAGCGCGAGCGCGCAAAGAAGCGCUACGAAGAGUACCUCGACGAGCAGGACUCUGAGAAGCUCCCCAACGCAUUCGACCUUGGCGCGAAGCGGAACCUGCUGCACCUCUUUGGCCCCAAACCUUUACUGUGGUUCGUCCCCGUCUGCAACACCACCGGCGACGGCUGGGCCUGGGAAGCCAGCCCCAACUGGCUGGCCGCCCGCGAGCGUCUCGCGAGAGAACGCCAGGAACAGCGCGCGCGCGAGAUCAACGCCGGCUGGGGCACCGACGAACCCCCGACGUUCAUGCGCGAGGCGCCGCCUACCAAGCCCGACGGCGCGGGCCGACACUACCUCACAUCGCCCCCUCCCCCUCCCUCCAACGGUGGAUCACGUAAGACACCAUCCAAGGCCGACCGGGUCCUGGGCCGCGACCCGAACCUGUACGCCGACGGGUUCCAGGAGUCGAUGCCCAUGCGGAAGCUCAGCCCGCGCGGGCGGGCGCUCGAGGACGAGCUGGACGACAGCGACCUCGACAUGGAGGAUCCGGCAGCGGCGGAGCACCGCGCGCUUAACCUGGUGACCAACGGCGGGUGGGGACGGAGCGGGGCCAGCGGGCUGUUGAGGAAGCAUAGCCCGUCUUCGCCGUCGUUUAGGGACCAGCCUGAGAACGACGAUGAUGUUGAUUGA